GGCUUGACCAAGCGGGUGGUGCGCGCGGGCACUGGCGAGUGUCCCAGUGAGGGUCAGAGCGUCGAGGUCCACUACACCGGCAGCCUUGCGGACGGCUCCGUCUUCGAUAGCAGCCGCAGCCGCGGAAAGCCGAUCGAUUUCACGCUCGGCAUGGGGGAGGUGAUCCCCGGUUGGGACUUGGGUGUCUCGUCGAUGCAGGUGGGCGAGGCGGCCGUGCUCACGAUACCGCCAGAGUUCGGCUAUGGCAGCUCCGGCGCCGGCCCGAUCCCGCCCAACGCGACGCUCACCUUUGAGGUCGAGCUCGUGUCG